GUCUCGCAACGCUCAAUUCGCUCGUAUGGAAAUAAGACUUUCUGGCCAGUUGCGGCGGCUAUCUUGCUUUGACCAUUCGGACAAUCAUCUCUCUCUUCGCUUCGAGCGCGGUGACAGCCAGAAAAGCUUCACCAUCCAAGGCCUACAAGGUCUAAACCUCUGCUGAUCGCGAUCGCGAGAAUGUCGGGUCAAUUGCGAUACGUUCAAAGGCUCGCGGGAGCUUCAGUUCUUAUCAUUGGUGGCUCGUCCGGUGUUGGGUUUGGUGUAGCUGAAGCCAGUAUCGAGCAUGGCAUGACCGUGCACAUCUCGUCUUCGGAUACAUCAAGGAUUGCGGCCAAAGUCGAUCAGUUGAAGAGAUCCUAUCCUGCGGCCCGUGUGAGUGGACACGUGUGCGAUCUCGGCACAAUCGAUACAUUGGAGGUCAAUGUGAAGAAACUGUUUGGAUCGGUGGGCAACGUCGACCAUAUCGUCUACACCGCUGGUGACGCGCUUGCCGGAGUUGACAUCAGGCAGCUCGACGUGGCGACCAUCACGAAGCUGGGCACCGUCAGAUUCUACGCGCCUUUGCUUGUGGCCAAAUAUGCGCUUCAACAUCUCACCCCGACGCCUUCCAGCAGCAUCACACUGACCACCGGGGCCGUGGCGGCGCGACCAAUCCCAGAUUGGUCUGUUCUCGGUGCGUUUGCGGCGGGUCUACAUGGCAUGGUGAGAGGUCUCGCGUUGGACCUGAAGCCGAUCAGAGUCAACUUGGUCUCCCUGGGGGCUGUUGACACGGAAUUCUGGAAAAUGCCCGCGGAAGACAAACAAAAGAUCUUCAGGAUGAGAGAGGGCAAGUCGUUGACGGGCAAGAUUGGGCGAGUGGAGGACGUAGCGCAGAGCUACGUCUACCUCAUGACGGACCAGAACAUCACCGGCACUGUCGUUAGUACUGACAGUGGUAUGCUUUUGCUAUAA